CUACGAGAGAAAACCCUUUUGUCCUCGUUUCCGAAAACCCCAAGAGUUUGCCUUGAUUCCUACAAUCGUCCUGAUUGUGCUGUAACGUGUGGUUCGCAUUUCGCACCGUGCAGGAAAGUGGUCAAUAAAAUAAACCCCAGUUUAACCUUUUAGCGACAUUCAAAAAUGAGCUGCAGUGAUAUAUGGAAGACGGAAAUGAAUCCUGCGAAUGAUGAUGAAGAUUUGAUAACUAACGUAGCAGAGUAAAUCGAACAGGAAGAGGCCGAGAAACUGAAUGUCAAGCAAAAGAAUGAGCUGCUAAGCCUAGAACCCUGUAUUUUUGCUUUGGACAACUCUGUGUGGACGAGUGAACGAAUGCCAUAUGAUCAAGGCAACACUACUCUCGUCGGUCACAAGGUAGCUCGGUCCGGGUUACUCUAUAUCUCGACGCUGAUAUUAUCGUAACGAUGACCAGAAUACAGGAAUGAGCGUCAAGCUUGAACAGAGCAACUACGCGCACGAUGACGAUGCAAAUCCGAGGGAUGAAACCGAAAUUAAGGCCCUGUUUGGCAUUCUGAUUAUAGCGACUCCCUUGAGGUCGGCCAGAUAGCACGUCGAUUAUCUGUUCGACGGUAAACGAGAUAUGGGCAUGGAGGUCGUCUAUUUUGCGAUGUCGGUACACCGGUUUGGAUUUCUCCCAAGGACACUACAGUUGGACGAUUGAUCCAUUCCGUACACGUGCAACCUAGAAUCCGGACAACCAUAAUCGUCAAUUUUCCGUCUUACUGGAUUGAUGAAGCGGCCGCGAAAGCGGAAGCGGAAGCGGAAGGUUAACAUGCAACGAUCAAGUCCACCGAUGCGAAACAGAAAACGGACGAGACGGCAACCGGAGCGCAGGCGAGACAAUCCGCAUCGAAUAGUAACGGUAACACCGGUAACAGCGAACCAUCGGCCACCGGUACGCUGGCCCGGGUAUUGCCACCACCAGUCCGGGACGAACCGAAACCAUUAAUAUAAUCAAUGUUAAUAAGAGUGCGUAUGUGCCGCCAUAGUGCCGCAGUUGAUGAAAUCGAAAUAGUGGAUGACACGCACACCAGGGCGAUAUGUCUCGCAUACCAAUGCGUUUGGUUUCGCGAUGAAUAAGCCGUUCCUGAAAAAUUGCAGAGGUGGAAAGCCAAGCAAUCGGAAAACUUCCAACAAAUUAAAUUAAACAGGGCAGAGAACCUUCCGCUGGACUGUGAAGAGAAGAAUAUAUAAUGCCUCACGGACAUUCUCACGGCAAUAGCUGCGAACAUGCGGCUAUUGGUAUUGAUAAUGAACUGGAAAUGGGGAUUCAAUACAGUUUAUACCAAAAAAUUGAUAUGGCGAAUAUUGAAUGUUUGAAUGAGGAAAUCGAAGGCUCCGGCAAGACUGUUUUCAAAGCCUAUCAUGAUAGACUAAGCGACGACAAGUUUGUAACGAGUGAUGCUGAUGAAGAGCUCUUGUUCAACAUUCCCUUCACAGGAAAUGUAAAAUUAAAGGGAAUCAUAAUUAUUGGCGGCGAUAAUGGAUCAAGCCCCAAAACCAUGCGGCUGUACAAAAACCGCCAGAAAAUGACAUUUGAUGAUUUAUCGGCCCCGGCUGAUCAAGAAAUCUCGCUGGCCGAUGAUACCAACGGAGUAGUAGAAUACGCGACCAAAGUGGUAACGUUUGCAAAUGUGCACCAUCUAUCGUUGCACAUCUCAUCUAAUUUUGGCAAUGACCAAACGAAAGUGUACUACAUCGGGUUGAAAGGCGAAUUCAGCGAAGCACAUCAUCAUGGAGUAACAAUCUGCACUUACGAAUCCCGCCCAAAUGUUUCUGAUCACAAAGGAAGCCUUUUUGAUGCAGUGAACCAUCAUGUUCAGUAAUUAGAACAAUAAACGAAGAAUGAAACCAAAAAUUCAAGAUGCCGACAAAACAUCAAAAAUCAAAUGUUGAAAAUUAUUGGAGGACAGCAUCUAGCAAACAUUCAAUGCAAUAAUUACAUUGUCUAAAAAAAUUUGCAAUACAUCCAGAAGUGCGAAGAUUUUGGCGUACCGAUCCUGGCGCAGCAUACACGGUGGCGAUCCAUCUCUCAAUCGGAUGCAUAAAUUUUUAUUGAUAUUCCAGAUAGCCGGAGUGGAAGUGGAAGGCUGAAAUUGAGAAAAUACAUUGAAGCAAAAAGGACUAAACCAUGGAUGUAGGUUUUGAAGGUUGAUAAUAUUCUAGAACAAUGAGGAUUCCACUUAAAAAAGUUUGUUUUUUCAUUUAUUUUUUGAAUAACAUUUCUACGCAACGUCAGGAAUCGGAAUCAUCAAACAUUGCUUUCUCCGACUGAUUGUUAAUUUUUUUGAAUAUGCAGUUUUGGCGGUAAUGUUAUGUCUGAUAUGUUUCCAUUUUGUAUUCCAAGUAAGCGAAUGUGUUACCACUUUCACUUCUUUGGUCAAAGUUGAACAGGAAUGAAAUUUUAAUUUUUAACAUAGAAGUAAGGUGCAUCGGCCCUUUCAUUUGGAAGUCAGAGUUAUAAAUAAUUACUGAUGGGUUGCCGUACCUACCCUAUGCUUUACUGUUACUCACAUACCUUAACUUAAUGAGAUUCCGGAAAUUAAUGUUACGGUUACUAAUUGCAGCUCGGUUGAGCAUAAACUCAUACAUAAUUUGUUUUUUCUUUUCUGGAUAAGGAAGCCGCUUUAGCUUAUGUUUCUCCGUUCAACAUAUCCUUUUCCUAUUGUUAACCCAGUUCAUAUAUAACGCUGCUGGCGUA